GUUACCUUAGCAAUUUCGUAAUCGAUCAAACGUCUUUAUUGACACUAUACUUCAGUUUUAGUCUGUAUUCAGCUGAUCAGUGCAUUGGAACAGACAUUAUUAAAGAAAUGAAUCCGUGUAAAGCUAGAGAACCCAAGAUCAUCGACGGUCACCUUUUAAGAGUAUGUAUAGAACAACAAUUGCCAAAAGGAGAAUUAGGUCGUCUUAUGAAAACUGAAGGCGUAGAUCCAGGGAAUGUCGAAGAAAUGCGGUUAGAAUUCAUGAACAUAGUAAAGAUGGACCAUCUAUGGGUCUUAAAAUCUCUGACAAAAUUAAAACUCAACAACAAUUUAAUAGAAAAAAUUGAAAAUUUAGAAAGCUUAAUACAUUUACAAGAUCUCGAUUUAUCUUUUAACAAAAUUACUAAAAUAGAAAAUUUAGGCAGCUUAGGUAAACUGAGGAUAUUGAAUUUGUUUGUAAAUAAGAUUGAGAAACUAGAAAAUAUGGAAAACCUCAAAAGUCUGACUAUUUUCAGUGUUGGAAAGAAUUUAAUAAAGGACAAAGAAUCGGUGCAUCAUUUGAGAAGAAUACCCAUGUUAAUAUCCUUAAAUAUGGCUAACAAUCCUUGUACGGAGUAUGAAGAUUUUCGGAGAUACGUUGCUGCAUUUUUACCGACUUUAGUGUGGUACGAAUAUAAAAAGAUUCACGAUGAAGAAAGAGAAACUGGAGUCGUGAAGUUUAGACAAUUGAUAAUAGACCAGGAGGAAUUGGAAGAAAAAGAACUAGCAAAAAUUCUUCAAAAGGAACGAGAAGAUAGAGAAGCUGAAUUGAACAUGGACAGUUUCGUGGAAUACCUGAACACCAGAAACCUCUUUGACCAAAUGUGGGAAAAAGACGACGAAGGGAAGCUAUUACUUAAUCUCGGUGAUGAUAUUAGAGAACUAUAUGCCGACUUUCAAACUAAUUUUGUCAAUUAUUGUAAAGAAGUCUUUGAUAUUGGUCAGCGACACUACAAGAUUCGCAAAGAUGAAAUAGAAGCAUUUAUGAGAUGCACAGAACACGCCAAACACCUGAGCCAACUGGAAAGUAUUCAGUUGAUGGAAGAGUUUUUAGAAGCGAAAAAUAUUUUGUUUUCUAAGGGACAAGAGGUACAAAAAAAUCUAGAAGAUGGUGAAAUAGAUGAAAGAGAGUACGAUAGAUUGGUGUUCGAAUUGACGGAUGAAUUUAACAAACUCAUUCACGUUACUUGGAAAAAACUGAUGAAAUUGGAGCUGGUACUCUUCGAACAAAUGGACGAAGUCAAUCAGAAUUUCGAGAGAAAUUUAACAGAAAUGAUUGGCAAUUUAAUCGAAGAAUCCCAAAAUUGUUUUACGCAACUGCGCGAGCUUGAACAGCAAUAUACCGAUCGUCUGACGGAGGCGGCAAAUAAAAUGUUUAACAAUAUUGGUUUGGUAGAAGAUUUAGUUAUUCCAGAUGUUCUCGAUGAAGUAAUGUCAGAUAAGGAUAAUUUACUAAAUUGUUUGGGCGCCACUCACGAUACACAUUUAACUGUUAUCGACACUAGAGAAGAUGUUUUAAUAUUCAGAGCUAAAGGUUGGUUAGAAAGCUUUACCAACAACCUGUUUACGGGCGAAGUCGACAGAAACCGAUAUAAAAUUUUGGAAUUAAGUCACUUUUUGGAUAUUCAACGGGAGGAAUUCGAAGCACUAAUCGAACCACCUAAAGAGCUAGUUGUGGUGCAAGACGAUGAUUGAAAACAAAUCUGAUAUAAAUAUGUAUAAUAUGUAUUUAAUAAAAAAUUAUUUGAAUAAUUG